AUGGAGGACUAUGACUCAAUGGAAAUCUCGUUGCUGGGAUUAGACCCGUUACAAAUAUUCGAUUCCUUCGGAAACUUCAAGCCCGUUCCUGGUUACCAACGGGAGGACAGGCGACUCUUUGAGUACGGCGGGGGUCUUCAAAUACCCUCGGAAACCUUCGGGACGAUUUUAUCGUUCGAUUAUCUCUUGCGGGCACUCAUACAACAUGCGGAAGGGAUUAAAGCCGAGUUUCAAGCAUUGGAGAAGUCCACCGAGGAUGAUGCCAAUAUGCACCACGAAUAUGAGUGUGAUCUCGAGCGCUUAGAAGGGAAAAUUUGGGAAGCAACAGAAUGCUUACGCAAUGCGGAGAUCCAGCUUCCCCAAAGGCCAUUGAAAAAGAUCUAUGAUGAGAUCCGACAGAAUCCUACUUGCUUGUCAAUGAUUGUGCGGAGAGAGGUGGCUGUUGCGCUCGAAGCUGUGGAUGCUGCAAAAAGCGCUGUCUAA